AUGACUGCUACUGGUCCGCCGCUUAAGGGCAUUCGAGUCAUUGAGCUGGCCGGCCUAGCUCCAGGCCCUUUUGCCGGUCUCUUGCUCGCCGACUAUGGUGCAUCCGUUCUCCGCGUCGACCGUCCCUCCGCCGCGAGCGGGGAUCAACUGACCCGAUACAAGACCUCAAUCACGAUCGAUCUGCGAGACUCCAAGUCGCGCGAUGUUCUCCUGCGACUGCUCACCGCAGCCGACGUUCUCAUCGACCCGUUCCGGCCCGGAGUCCUUGAACGCCUAGGUCUAUCUCCGACUGACGUCCUCCUCAAACACAACCCACGCCUCAUCGUCGCGCGCAUGACGGGGUUCCGCCGCGACGGGAAAUACAAAGACAUGGCUGGCCACGAUAUCAAUUACAUUGCUGUGUCUGGAGUUCUAUCGAUGCUAGGCCGGGCAGGUGACAAGCCCUACGCCCCGGGCAAUAUCCUGGGCGACUUUGCAGGUGGCGGCGCCAUGUGCUUCCUAGGGAUUAUCCUAGCACUAAUUGCACGCACACACACCGGACGCGGACAAAUUGUCGAAGCGAACAUGGUCGACGGGUCAGCGUAUCUAGCGACAUUCCCACGCCUAGCGCGUCAGGCCCCCACGUGGAAAGGACCGCGCGGUGAGAACAUGCUAGACGGCGGGUGCCCUUACUACGAUACGUACGAAACCAAAGACACAGGCAAGUAUUUCGCUGUUGGCGCCCUGGAACCACAGUUCUAUGCGGCGCUACUACGUGGCCUACAGCUGGACCCGGCUGCUAUCCCAGCGCGCGAGGAUCAUGCUAAUUGGCCUGCUCUUCGCGAGAUAUUCACUCGCCGAUUCAAGGAGAAGACCCGGGCAGAAUGGGAAACGGUCUUUGACGGCACUGAUGCAUGUGCAACUCCUGUGCUAGAGCAAAACGAGCUCGAGGCUGCGGGCUACGACCAGCGGCCUGCAGUACAUCUGGCAAGCACCCCGGCCUUACCCAUCAAGGCGGAUGAGGGCGGUUGGUCUGGGGGCGGACUGGCGCCUGGUGAUGGCGGUGUGGACACCCUCACGUCGUGGAUGGGAUGGAGAGAAGAUAAGGAUUUCAAAAUCCGUGACGACGGAGCACUGGUGGCCGCGAAUGACAAGGCGAAGCUCUGA